AUGGCGCGUAAUGACGUCACCCGCCUUAAAUGCAAAUGGCGUCGGCCGACAUGGCUGCGAGUGAACACUCCCUCCUUGCUGCCUUUUGACAGCUCGCUCAGCUGCGGAGUGCCCGCCGUGUUUUCAGGCGGCGUGCCCGCCAUCAUUCCACAUGUUUUAGUGAGACUAUAUGGUGGUACCUGUACAACCUGAAAGUCGGAGGGGUGUGGCCACGGGUGUGGUGACCGCCAGUGUCUCCGAGGGAAGCCACGUUUCUCGACGAGGCGAAAGCAGCCGUUGGGGCCGGGCUGAGAUUUUUUUUCCCCCCCUCCUCCACGGUGGAAGCAUCCGACGGCCGGGGGCGGCCGGUGGGAGGAGGCAAGAGAGUCCGCAGCUGCGUCUUUGACAGGUGCAGGAGGAACGGCGCAAGCUCUCCGCUCAUGUCUACGUGUGCAGCCCUCAGUGGAAAAAGUAUGGACAGCCCCGGUCCACGGCCUGGUCCACGGACGUGAAGAUGUGUGGGAAUAAGAGGAAAGAAGACACGUCUGUUUGACCUGACAAAAGGGACAAUUUGUGCACAAGCGAGUGGAAGGUCACAUUGGGAUGAUGUGUCGGAUUUUCCUCAUCAUCAGUCUUGUGGGCUGGACGAGAUGUCAGGAGAACCAGCACAUGACGGCGGAGGAGAAGAGCAUCAUCAGGGAUCGUGUCGUUGAGAUGUUCGAUCAUGCUUACGGGAGUUACAUGAAAUACGCCUACCCGGCUGACGAGCUGAUGCCACUGAGCUGUAGGGGAAGAGUUCGCGGCCAGGAGCCAAACCGAGGCGACAUCGAUGAUUCCUUGGGGAAGUUUUCCCUCACGCUGAUCGACACACUGGACACCUUGGUGGUGCUGAACAAGCUGGACGAGUUUGAAGACGGCGUGAAGAAAGCCGUGACGGACGUACGCCUGGACAACGACGUGGUGGUGUCCGUGUUCGAGACCAACAUCAGAGUGUUGGGGGGCCUCCUGGGGGCCCACGUGAUGGCUGACCUGCUGCGUCAGCGCGGGGUGAGGAUGCAGUGGUAUAAAGACCAGCUCCUGGACAUGGCCACAGAGCUGGGCCACAGACUCUUGCCGGCUUUCAACACCUCAAGUGGUCUCCCUUACCCCAAGGUUAAUCUGCGUUAUGGUGUGCAAAACCCACUCUCACGCACGGGUACCGAGUCGGACACAUGCACCGCCUGCGCGGGCACAAUGAUCCUGGAAUUUGCUGCCCUGAGCAGACUGUCAGGAGAAACUGUCUUUGAGGAGCACGCUCGCAGAGCUCUAGAUGUCCUGUGGGAGCGCAGACAGAGAGGAAGCGACCUGGUGGGGACGGUCAUCAACAUCCAUAAUGGAGAAUGGGUCAGACGGGACAGCGGCGUCGGUGCCGGCAUCGACUCGUACUAUGAAUAUCUGAUGAAGGCCUACAUCCUUCUCGGGGACAAGGUUUAUCUGGACAGGUUCAACACCCACUACAGCGCCAUCAUGAAGUACAUCAGUCAGCCCCCCCUGCUGCUCAACGUGCACAUGCACAAUCCCACGGUGAGCGCACGCGGCUGGAUGGACGCUCUGCUGGCCUUCUUCCCCGGCCUACAGGUCUUGAGAGGAGACCUGAAACCAGCCAUAGAGACCCACGAGAUGCUCUAUCAAGUCACCAAGCAGCACAAGUUUCUCCCCGAGGCUUUCACCACCGAGUUCCGCGUUCACUGGGGCCAACACCUCCUGAGGCCAGAGUUUGCAGAAAGCACCUACUACCUCUACAAGGCCACCGGCGACCACUACUACCUCAGGGUGGGACAGUCUAUCGCCGAGAAACUCAACGCUUACGCCAGAGUGCCUUGUGGCUUUGCCGCCGUGCAAGACGUGCGCACUGGGACGCACGAAGACAGGAUGGACUCCUUCUUUCUGGCAGAGAUGUUCAAAUACUUGUACCUGCUGUUCACGGAGAAGACACAGUUGCCCAUCGACAUUGACGACUACAUCUUCACCACGGAAGCCCACCUGCUGCCCGUGUCGCUCUCCACCACGCAGCCAUCUUGUCACGGCAACACAACGGAGAGCACCGGCGGCGCACAGGAAGACGAGCCCUUCACGCACACGUGUCCCAGCACCGAGUCCUUGUUCCCCAACAACCCCUCCUUUGCCAAGAGCAUCCGCGACAGCUACAAGUACCUGACGGGCGUGGGACGAGCCGUGCACCCCUCACCUGCCAGGGAGACCGACUUCCCGCUCCACGAUGGCGGGAUGGAGCCUCUGGAGUUCUUGAAGACCAUGGGCAUCUCUCUCACGCCGCUGGGUGACCUGAGCACAGGAGAGGGCCGAAAGGUACUGAAGGGAGUGUACCGGGUCCAGUUGGUGGCCAAGGUCAGCCCCACGGUGCCGGAGGGGGAGGUGCUUCCUCACGCCGUGCAGCUGAUAUCGCCUCCUUUCCUGGGCAGGACCGUGCUCACCGCUGCACCCGCCAACUUUGGGCUGGACCUGACCACAAGGGAGCAUGGUGUGAAGGGCAGCCUGGCCAAGGCGCGUCCUUACACGGCCUGCGCUCCGAUCCAGAACCCAGCUGAAGUCCGAGGCCACAUCGCCCUGGCGCUGCGCGGCGACUGCACGUUCGCCGCCAAAGCUCGCCGGCUCCAGGAGGCCGGCGCCACGGGAGUCAUCGUCAUCGACCGGCGAGCAGGAAGCUGCAGCCAGGAAACGCCGCUCUUCCAGAUGGUCGGCGACGGGGACUCGGACGCGGACGUCACCCUGCCUCUGGUGUUCCUGUUCGGCCGCCAGGGCGCCGUGCUCACCGCCGCCAUGGAGGAGCAUGAGAAGGUGGACGUGCUGCUGGCGCCAGGAGACAAGCAGCCGACCGCAGGCAAGGGGGACCGAAGCGCGGCCUUCGAUGUCAAUUUACCACCGGCUCAGGAAGAAGUUCUCCCGGACCGAGCAGAGGAGCUCACAGGAGAACCGUGUCGCUGUGGAGAAGAUCCGGAUCUUUGACCGGGACCAGACUCGUCUAGGCGGACUUCCCGGGAAGCUCGCCUGCGUUGUGACGCAAUCCACCUUGCACUUUUCCAAGAAACUAUUAAUAAUCCGAACAAGGUUGGUGACAAGGAUUUGACUUUGAGCUGAGAAGCAACUUCAGGGAAUUUUUAGUGUGUGACUUUUGACUCUUUUUGUCCCCGCGGGAUCACGGAACAUUCCACAAACCUGGACUAUUAUAUUUAUAUAUAUAUAUAUAUAUAUAUAUAUAUAUAUAUAUAUAUAUAUUUGCACAUCUUCCCCACUACAGUCGCUUCUAAACAUGUGCAAUUAUUAUAUUUUUAUGAAUAUUAAUGGUAUUAUUUGCAAUAUUGUGUUGAAGAUGAAGGCCCCAAAAAAUGCAAUUGUGAGAAUAAACUUUAAGUCUUUAGAGGAAAAUGUGGAAAAUUAAUUAUAGGUAAAUAUUUUUUAAAUAUUAGGUGGAAAAAAUCCAAUUCCACCAUUUAUUAAAAAAAAAAAAAAGCAUUCACAUUUAUUGAUUGGUGUUAUUUUUAUCCAACACUUGUCAGUGCGGUCCUCAUUCUAACAGCAGGGGCGUCCUAACCUUUUCCACUUGUGGCUUUUUUGAAAUAUUUUCUUUUCAGAUUAGAUUUAGCGUAAUAUUAAUUAUUAAAUUUCACUUUUUGUCAUAACAGUACCUUUUUUUUUUGUUUGUUUUUUUUUUAGAUUUUUUUUUCUUUUUGGUAUGAUUUUAUUUGCGAGCCAACAAAAUUGUAGUUUGGAUAGCAACUUUUUCCACCAUGGGUCAUUUUGAAAUAUUUUCAUUUCAGGUUUGACGUAGCCUGUUUUUAGUUAUAAAUUUCAGCUUUUUGUCAUUUUUAUGGUAAAUUUUAACUUUAUCUGAAUUUUAUUUUAACAAUAUCCUGCAGUUUGUAGUUUGGACAGCAAGUUUUUCCACUCGGGGCCAUUUUGAAAUAUUUUAUUUUCAGGUUUGAUUUUGCGUAUUCUUAAUUAUUAAAUUUCAUCUUUUUGUCAUAAGAUUGCUUUUUUUUAUAAUUUUUUUUUUUACUUUAUUUUUUGGGGUAUUUUAUUUUGACAAUAUCCUGCGAGCCAACAAAAUUGUAGUUUGGAAAUCAAAACUUUUUCCACUUGCGGCUUUUUUUAAAUAUUUUAUUUUCAGAUUAGACUUAACAUAUUAUUAGUUAGUCAAUUUCAACUUUUUUGUCAUUUUUUUGGGUACAUUUUACCUUUUUUAGUAUUUUAUUUUGACAAUAUCCUGUGGGCCAACAAAAUUGUAGUUUUUUUACAGCAACUUUUUCCAAUGGGGGCCAUUUUGAAAUAUUUUCUUUUCCAAUGUGACUACGAAGCGUUUUAUUAGUUAUUAAAUUUCAGCUUUUUGUCAUUACCUUUUUUUUUUUUUUUUGGUAUGAUUUUAUUUUGACAAUAUCCUGCAAGCCAACAAAAUUGUAGUUAGGACCGUAGGGGCGUCCAAACUUUUUCCACUUGCGUCUUUUUUUAAAUAUUUUCUUUUCAGAUAAGACUUAGCAUAUAAUUAGUUAUUAAAUUUCAGCUUUUUGUAAUUUUUUUUUUUUUUUCGUAUUUUAUUUUAACAAUAUCCUGCAGGCCAACAAAAUUGUAGUUUGGACAGCAACUUUUUCUACUGGGGGCAAUUUUGAAAUAUUUUCUUUUCAAGUUUGACUUAGCGUAUUAUUAGUUAUUAAAUUUCAGCUUUUCGUCAUUUCGUUGCCUUUUUUUUUUUUACAUAAUUUUUUUGGGGGUAUGAUUUUAUUUUGACAAUAUCCUGCGAGCCAACAAAAUUAUAGUUUGGACAUCAAAAAUUUUCCAUUUGCGGCUUGUUUGAAAUAUUUUAUUUUCGGAUUAGACUCAUCGUAUUAUUAGUUAUUAAAUUUCAGCUUUUUUUUUUUUUUUUUUGGUACAAUUUUACUUUUUUUGGUAUGUUAUUUUGACAAUAUCCUGCGGGCCAACAAAAUUGUAGUUUGGACAGCAACUUUUUCCACUGGGGGCCAUUUUAAAAUAUUUUCUUUUCUAAUGUGACUACUAAGCGUAUUAUUAGUUAUUAAAUUUCAUCUUUUUGUCAUUACCCUCACCUUUUUUUUUUUGUUAUGAUUUUAUUUUGACAAUAUCCUACGGGCCAAUAAAACUGUAGCUAGGUGCUGCCAAUGUCCCCGGGGCCACAUUUAGGUCCCGCCCAAUACUUGUCAUACUUCACACAUUUUUGUUGUUGCAAUUAGUCGCUUUCUAAUCCCAGCCUCUUAAAAGUUUGCAUGAAAAAGACUGUUUUUGACUUUGUGGCUGCAACUUUCUCAUUUUUAUGCAGAAGAACACAAACAUGUUUGCAUUUGAAAUGUUUGCACAGUGCAAUGCUGCUCCAUAAACUUCAUAGUUUAUGAAGUAACCUUUAUUACCUCAGGACGGUGCUCAAGUCUUAGGAUGGGACUUUUUACUAUUGCAUGUUUUAUAUUGUGCUCAGUGCUUCCUAAAGCUGGAGGUUAGUGUGCCAAUAAAAUAAUACUUUGUGAGGUGAGAUCAAUAAAUAAGAAUUCCAAUCA